UUGGCAAUUUGCUUUGAUGGGUGCAACAUAAACACAGAGCGUGAGGAAUUUUAAUGAGAAUCUCUAAAAGUAUAUAUUCCUAGUGACUUUCAAGAUGCUAGACGUGCUGAAGCGCCUCGACGCUUACCCCAAAACCUUCGAGGAGUUUAGUUUUAAGACUUUAAUGGGCGCAAUUGUCACAAUUCUCAGUUCUGUGAUCAUUUGCGUGCUGAUCGUGAUGGAAGUGAAUGCAUACUUGACGCCAAACAUAUCGGAAGAAUUGUACGUGGACACGACAAGAAGUCACAAAUUGCAGAUCAACCUUGACAUUACUGUGCCGAAAAUCUCAUGUGAUUAUCUCAGUGUGGACGCAAUGGACACAGCUGGCGAGCAGCAUCUGCACAUUGAGCACAAUGUGUACAAACAGCGACUGGAUCUGGACGGGAAUGUCAUCACGGGUGACAAGCCGGUGAAGGAAAUGAUCACGUCAACGGUGAAGAAGGCCGAGCAGUCUACAGCCAAGCCUACUACUGAGAAGCCACCGGAGAACACGACUCCGGCUUGCGGCAGCUGCUAUGGCGCCCAGUUCAACAACACGCAUUGCUGCAACACGUGCCAGGACGUGAUCGACGCGUAUCGCGUGAAGCGAUGGAAUCCCAAUCCGGACGACUUCGAGCAGUGCAAGAACGAGCGCGCCUCGGGCAGGACGCACAGCGACAACGCGCUGAAGGAGGGCUGCCAGAUCUACGGCAGCAUGGAGGUGAACCGGAUGGGCGGCAGCUUCCACCUGGCGCCCGGCCAGAGCUUCUCCAUCAAUCACGUGCACAUCCACGACGUGCAGCCGUACACGUCCACCAGCUUCAACACGUCGCACGUGAUCAAUCACCUGUCGUUUGGCGAGCGCAUCAGCUUCGCCAACACGCAUCCGCUGGACCGGCUGAGCGCCGUGACGUCCGAGGGUGCCACGAUGUUCCAGUACUACGUGAAGAUCGUGCCGACGCUGUACGUGAAACGCGGCGGCGAGGCCGUGCACACAAACCAGUUCUCCGUUACGCGCCACCAGAAGGUAGUGUCCGUGGUCACGGGCGAGUCCGGUAUGCCGGGCAUCUUCUUCAGCUACGAACUGUCCCCGCUUAUGGUGAAGUACACGGAGAAGGAGAACUCGCUGGGCCACAUGGCGACCAACAUCUGCGCGAUCGUGGGCGGGAUCUACACGGUCGCCGGCAUCUUCUACUCCAUGCUGCACACAUCACUCAAUGCCAUCCGCAAGAAGAUCGAGCUGGGCAAGUUCAGCUGAACGCAGACACGCUUUUCGUGGACUGUAGUGACGAUCUGAUGCACUGACUUCCAAAAAUACAAAACUUUUACACCAA